AUGGAGAAGAUAGUUCCUGCAAUGAAGAGAAAAAUUACUUCAGAAGAAGUAAACAAAAACAGUUUGUUUGGGGUGAUGAGCCCAGGGAAGAUCAGCGCAGCGUGUCUAGAUGAGGGAAUCUUUCCCGACGAAAUUCUGGAAAGAAUCGAAAAGAGACGCGAGCAGCUCCUGGGCAAAAUUGAGGAAUUUGUCAAAAAAAGCCAAACAAAGAGCCUGGAGGACCACGAAAAAACAAACGGCAUCGAAGAGAUAAAAACCACCAUUCGCAUCAUUCUCCUGGAGAUAGAAAAGCUGCAGGCCCAGACAGGCAGUAACUGUGUCAAAGAGUGCGACCGGAUGAUAAACGAGCUGGAGAAUAUCCACAUUAAAGUAAAAGCAGAGAAAAGAUGGCACAAGCUGCUGUAUAGAUGCACAGGAGUGUUUGCUCUGUUUGUGCUGUGGGCCAUAUGCAAAGACAUGCUUAGAGGAAACAUCUCUGCAUGCUACUAG